ACAAAGGGUCUCCUUGGCAUCAGGGGUAAGGAGGGGACUGGAAGAGGACCCUGUGCUUCGCUGGCACUGCCUCCUGUCCUCUGUCCCCUCCCUCGAGGGAUGCACCUCACAGUUUGCUUCAAGCACAGCAAAACCACUCGUGCUAAGUGAAAUCACAUGGGUUUUACUGCCCAAGCCAAAUGUCUUCCAGUUUCCCCUCUGCAUAAGAACAAAACAUAAAAACAUACCAGAUUUAUGGCUGCACCUUUCAGUCCCUGUCCCACCAGCUCCACUGCGUUAACUCUGUGAGGGACUUCAGUUCUGUAUCCUCUCUGGAACUGUGGCCAAUUAUUGAAUUACAUCUUGCAUACCUGGAGGGGUUGUUUUAACUCUUCUGAUUGUGAGGCAAAACUUCAAGUGCAGAAGCUGCUAAAUUAAAUUUGCUGUGUAUUAGGUUUUACUUUGCAAUUUUUUUUCACUAUUUUUAAAGGUGCCAGUGAAACUUGUCACUAAUAAAGAUGGGUUAAGGAUUAACUCAAUAAUUAGAUUAUCAACAAUAUCAAAAUUGCACAUAAACUCCAAAUAUAUAGGAAUAGAUAUGUUACUUAAAUAAUGGUGUCCAUUUGCAAACUGGUGAAACAAGUUAUGGAUUAGUGCUUUUAUUUUAAGUAGCUGUUUUGUAAGUUGGAGAUGUUGCUGCUGUGCCAGCUCCUUAGCAGACUGCUGAAGAGCACCCAUAAGAUUUUGAUGUGGCUACUUUUUUUCUACCAGCUCUGGUCAAAAAUGAUUUUUCUUUUUAACAUUAGAAUUAGUAUGGACUUAAACACCUUUAACAUUAAAAAAACUAACCAAACAAAAAAUAAACCCCAAACCCACAAGAUUAACAAGCCAAACAAAUUGAAAUGCCGAGAAGAAAGGAGCAUCUGAAGGGUUGGAAGAGGUGUGGUACAGGUUUGAGGAGCUCAAUGUAGAGUUCAGCCUGGAGAGGAGGAACUCCAGGAGAGCUCAGAGCCCCUGGCAGGGCCUGAAGGGGCUCCAGGAGAGCUGCAGAGGGACUGGGGACAAGGAUGGAGGGACAGGACACAGGAAUGGCUCCCGCUGCCAGAGGGCAGGGAUGGAUGGGAGAGUGGGAACUGGGAAUUGUUCCCUGGCAGGGUGGGCAGGCCCUGGCACAGGGUGCCCAGGGAGGCUGUGGCUGUCCGUGUCCCCUGGCAGUGUCCCGGCCGGGGCUGCUCGGGGCCCGUGUCGCUCCGUGGCACGGCGGCACCGGGCGCUGUUCGUUUCCCGUUCCCGUGGCACGGCGGCACCGGGCGCUGUUCGUUUGCCGUUCCCGUGGCACGGCGGCACCGGGCGCUGUUCGUUUCCCGUUCCCGUGGCACGGCGGCACCGGGCGCUGUUCGUUUCCCGUUCCCGUGGCACGGCGGCACCGGGCGCUGGCCUGAUCGCCGGCGCGGCCGUGGCCGGGGUGCUGCUGCUGGCGCGGAGCUUCCGCCUGACAACAAAGUUCACAAAUCCUUUGGAAAUACCUGUGGAGUUUGUAGAAAAGAAUGUGAAAUUGAGAGGGAAAUUACAUCACAUCACAGAGAAGGGCCUGGAAGUUGAGCACAUUCCCAUCAGCAUUCCUUUCAUCUCAGCCAUCCAGAGAAAAUUCCACAGGAAGCAAUUAAUUCCACAGCAGGUCUGUGCAAAGGCUGAGCUUUGCCCCAGCAGCAGAUGUGUCCUUUCCCUUGCAGGGCAGCCAGAGGGGCUCCUGCUGAUCCGCCUGGCCGGGGUGGAGCUGGCCACAGGUGGCACAGCCUGGCUGCAGCGGGAGCUGCUCCCCAAACAGCCCCUGUGGUUCCAGCUCCUGGGGAGGGACAGCUCAGCCCUGGAAUGCCUCGUCCUAGUCCAUAAGGGUAGGUUUUUCAGCACGUGCUUGAACGAAGAGCUCUUGAGCCAAGGGCUGGCCAGAGCAGCCCGGAUUGAGGGGCUGCCUCACCACUCCCGCCUCUACUGGAAACUGCACAAAAGGCUCCUCCAGGCUGAGUUAAAUGCUGUGAAGAAAAAUAAAGGCAUAUGGAAAGAGCAGACCUACUCUGAAAGAGUCCAGGAGCGCAUAAACAGCAAUAAAUUCCUGCAGAGGCUGAAACAGUUUGUGAGCCGGGUUAGAAGCUCUACUGAGAGGUGAAAAGGUGGGGAAUGCAGCUCCCCAAGUUGUGGGGAAUGUGUAUGUUUGUGAUCACAAGCAGUGCUGUGAUGUUGAGGGUCCCUGUCUCAAACACAAACCCCACAGUUCAUGGUUACACAGAAUAUAAACCCCCAGUUCAUGGUUAUUUAGAAUACAUCCCAUAUCAUACCCACACAGGACUGAAGUUUAGUGGCAGUGUGCAGGCCACCAGUGAAAAUGUUCUGAUGCCAGACUUCUCCACAGUGAUGUCCUGAAUUAGUUGUCCAGUUUCCACCUGCUGAACUCCUGCGGGCUGUGCUGCCCAGUGCAGGUUUGAGGGGCAGAGUCCCUUCACACCCCUGUAAUGUGCCAAGCUGCCAAGCCCACACUGGACACAAACCCCGAGUCAGGCCUUUACAAAGCUCGUGGGAUGGGUUUAAACACAACCUUUUUGUUUGAAUUCUGUUCUUGUGCCACUUUUUGGUGUAAUUUGUGGUUUAAAACUCAUUCAUCUUGAAUGAUGGGUUGCAUUGUUAGUGAUAUAAAAGGUGAUUUGUUAUGGUUGAUCUUAAAAAGCUGAUAAGGUUGUAAUAACUAAAGUUCCUCAGGGGAAAAACAUCAGUUGGUGUGUCAAAGAAUAUAAUGUCAGGAAUCCAAAUAUUUCAAAGAAAACUUUCAUUUGAAGACAAAAAACUUGUUUUUUUUCUGAUGGGUCUGUAUCUAAAAUUAGAUGAAUAUGAAACUUUAACAUGAAAUUUGACAAGGAGGAUCAGACUGUGCUAAGAACUUGAAUUCUUACUUUAUUUUUGAUACACAUGUGAAGUAUAUGAGUGUAUUGCUAUUUAUGUUGUAAAUAUUCUCAGAAUAAAGAUUGAAUUUCUCAA